AUGAGCUUCAACGAGAUCGCCCAGCAGUUUGUCACUUUCUACUACCAGACCUUCGACACCAACCGUGAAGGUCUGGCUGGUCUCUACCGUGACCACUCCAUGCUCACCUUCGAGACCUCCUCUGUCCAGGGUACCGGUGCCAUUGUUGAGAAGCUCGGCAGUCUUCCCUUCCAGAAGGUCCAGCACCAGAUCGCUACCUUCGACGCUCAGCCCUCCAGCGAGGGUGGUAUCAUUGUCCUCGUGACCGGUGCCCUUCUCGUCGACGAGGAGCAGAAGCCCAUGAACUACUCCCAGCUCUUCAAGCUGCAGCCUGACAACGGCAGCUUCUUUGUGCUCAACGAUGUCUUCCGUCUGAUCUACAGCCAGUAG